AUGGUUGGAGCAGUAGGGUCGUUGGAGGGAGGAACCAAGGUCACCGGUGGAUGGCCCGAAGGACCUACCAGGGAGUUGCAGGGGCUGCUGGGGCCAACAAAUCGUACCGAAAAAGAUAGUGAGGCAGGGACUGGAAAUAAACAGAAUUUUGAUGGCACAAAUUUCAUUAUCCAAUCUGUUAGAGACGAUCAUGUUGAGAUCUCGGAAGUUGAGUUGGCAGCUGAUAGAGAAGAUAUGGAGAGGCUAACUCAAAUUAUAAUUGCAGCCAAUCAUGUCAAUGCAGAAUCUGAGUGUUCGAUUUGCACCGAGCCUUUUCAAGUGGGGGAUGAUGCUCGACAGAUGCCUUGUCAUGAAUCUCACAUAGUCCAUGCUCGCUGCCUUGUUCAAUGGCUGGAAAGGCGUAAUAAUUGUCCCAUCUGUAGAACUCGCUUAGUACGUCCGAUAAAUGGAAUUUCAGAUUCUCAGAGCGAGGAAUUUAUCACAUCCAGAACUUAUAAUAAUGCAUAG